CGCUGCCGUGCGUGUGCGUGCGUGGGUUUCUAGUUCUUGAUUGCCGUGGACGAAAGACGUUUCUCUUGUGUUGUAAUUUACUAAUAGAUUAUUUACGUGGUCCACAAGUUCUAACGGAGAUUCAAGUGAUAUUUUUGUAACGGGAUGCUGAGUUAAUUACAUGUUUGACGUCACAGAAGAACGGGAAUUCUCCUUGGUGUCAGUAGUGGAAGGUUGUGUUAGCAGCUGUCUGGUUAAUUAUUUAACACAAUGGUAGGAAAUAUUUGUAGCAUAACUGAAACAGUGUGUUUGGUAAAGUGUCAUGCGAUUUAUUGUAACUCUUCAAUAGGUUAGUUAUGAUGAAUAUUAAUUUUGCAAGGGGCGGACUAAAAUGUUCGAUAGCGUAUGCGUGAUUGGGCAGGCGGGUUAAGGUAGGUGAAUAUUGUGGGCAAGGGUUUACACUUGUAACUUGCUAACGAGUGUCGUGACAUCUGAAAGAAGCACAAAAUGCCGUAAGGGAGUUCGCGCUGCUGACUGGAAAGAUGUGGACUAACUCAGGUUUUCACAUGAUAAACGAAGUAUGAGUCGUGGCUACCACAUCCCGUGCACACCCUACCUAUACGUGGUUCCGGAUAGCGGCGUGGCCGCGGGCAUGGACUGCCUGCCGCUGCAGAGGUCGCCCGGGCCCUUCCACUACCUCAUGCACGAGCAGGCCAAGUCGCUGGUCGCCCUGCAGGAGCUGCAGCAUGAGGUGGGCGCGCUGCUGGAGUUCCGGGACCUCGUCAUGGACACGUUCCCGCACCUGCGCUCCAAGCUGUCGGCCGCCCCCGCCUCGCAGCCGCCGCCGCCGCGCUGGGAGCCCGGGGUGCGCGUGAGGCGCCGCCUCCAGCCGCCCCCCGACCCGCGCGCCCGGGCGCCCCGCAGCGACGCGGCGGUGCAGGACUCCGGCUUCGGCACGGAGACCAGCUCCUCGUCGGGCAAGGAGGCGGCGGCGGCGGCGGGCGGCGGCAAGGAGGCGGAGCAGGACGAGCUGUGCGCGCUGCUGGACGUGAUCCAGCGCAAGGGAGCGCGGCUGCGCGACGAGGUGGAGCUGCUGCAGCUGCGGCUGCAGGGGCGGAGCCCGCCGCCCCCGGGCCGCCGCCUGGGCGCGCUGGACGGUGUUGUCAGCUCGCCGGCGGCGGCGGUGAGGGUAGCGCCGCCCCCGGACCGCGCCAAGCUGCGCGCCAUCCUGCAGGAGCUGGACCCAGUGGAGCUGCAGAGGCACCUGCUCACCACCUCGGCCGAGAAGCAGGCUCUGGAACUGCGGCUGGAGAAGAGCGAGAGGGCGCACGGCGACCUCCAGGAGCAGCUGGACAAGGUCAAGGACGAGAACGAGGACCUGCGGUUCCAGCUGGAGGAGAAGAGCAUCGAGCUGGAGGGCACGAGGGCGCGGGUUCGAGUCCUCGAGCGCCUGCAGCACAAGGCGCCCGCCGCGGAGGAGCGGCCCGACCACCCCAGCUCCAGCACCGAGUCGGCGCACGACCAGAGCCAGAGGCCCUGCGAGGUACCGUCGUCCCCGCGGAGACGCCCCAGCAAGAUACCUCUCCCGGGCGCCAGGCCCCCCGCGGGCAAGCCGUGUCGCGGCCGGCUCGGGUCCCCGUCCUUCCUCCCCGGGAAGAGCGCCAAGGACCCGUGGAAGAGCCGCGGCGACGGCAGCGCCUCGCUGUGGACGGGCGGCAAGGGCAGAGACCCCCCCUCCUCGGGGAGAACCCCCUCCCUCUCGGCCAAGAGCGCCAGAGACUCCCUGAGCGGGGCACGGGGCCGUGAGUCGCUCGGCAGGAGGUCCGCGGCGGACUCCAAGGACGCGAGCUUCUCGUCGUCGCGCGACUCGGUUCCGGGCAAGAGAGACUCGUCGUUCCCGUCGUCGGCGGGCCGCAAGAGCCUGCACCACCAGCUGUCGGUGCGCCGGACUAGCAGUGCGAACUGUACCCGGGUCUCCCCGGCGGGGCAGGGCGAGUGCUCCAAGACGGAGGCGCGCGCAGAGUCGGAGGGGGACGACAGUUUGGUCGACGACCGCCCGGCGGCGGGGGAGUCGUUCAGCGACUCUCUGGACGAGGAGCUGGGCCGGUUGCAGCUGCGAGGCGCGGUCGAUGGCUCGCGAGAGGCCCGGCCCGCCCACCCGUGGCGCUCCUGCCCGUCCGAGUACUUCGACAGCAUCGACCGCUCGGGCAGCGCGGACCCGCUCCAGGGGACCUGCCCCCACGAGGGCCCCGCGGACCGCGACUCCCUGGAGGGGGCGGGCGUCGAAGUCUGGUCGACUUCCGAGCCGCGGGCGAGCCGGUGGUAGCGCGAGGACUCGCUCGUCCAACUCGUGGGUGCACUCGCUGCGAUCGACCUCUGGAACCAAACAGUGGCUGAAACCGCGCGCGACUUCACUCUAAUGCUUCAGGUCUGGUUAAACUUAUUAGAAGUACAUGUUAAAACACACUGUCCUACAUCCAGUGUUGGUUAUCUCAUUUGUUCACGGCAACUACUGUGUUUUGUAACACAUUCAACUGUAAAUUUAUUACAAUGACCAAACAUUUACAAAAUGUUUUCCAGUAGCUGAAAAAAUGUCUCGCAGAUGUUCAUGAUUACGAUUUCUUGCAGCUCACAAAUAACGUUUCGUAAUUAUUUUGUUAAUAAUUUUGGAAAUAAAAAUAAAAUGCAAGAGAUGUUUUGAGAUAUAUUUCCAGAAAAAAUAACUAGUCAGUUUGGGUAUUUUUUGCCAGGGAAUAAAUAUCAGUGACUUGUUUGGUGUUGUAUUUCCCCACUUUCCUCGCUGCUUUGCAACCACACCGGGUAGAAGUGUCCCAACCUGAGCCUCUAUGAACAAGUUAAGUUGUGGGUCUCUGAAACAAUUGUAAAUGAAUGACAAGAAUAUUUUAUUUAUUUGGUUUGGGUUUAUGUGCCAUUUAACAGCUAAAAACCAUUGACAGAUUGACAUAAAAACAUAACAUACAAUAACAUAAAAAAACAAACACUGUUAAAACAAACAUACAUGCAUUUAAAAAUAUACAUACAGUGAUAAUACAACACACAAACGUGAAAUAGUACAUAACAACAAUUUGUUAAUUUUUAGAGAUUUUCAAAACAUUUCGAUAAGAAUACAAAUAUUUUAUUUUUAAAUUAUAACAGCUUUUAACCGAAAAAAUUACAUAAAUAAAAAUAUAUUUUUAUUUAUAAUGACAAAAACAAACUAAAAUUAUAUAUUACAAUAAUUUAAAAAUAUUUUUGUGUUUAAUUUUCUUUACAGUGAAAGGCUCUAGUUUGUGAUGGUAAGGAUUAUAAUUUUCAACACAACUAUUUAUUAGGCUAUCCUGUUUACUUAUAUUGAGAGUGUAGUUUGUUCUAUUAUUAUAAUAUGGAAUCCUUAAGCCCAUCAAUCUCGCAUUCACUCUUCCCGAAUAAGGGAAGAACCAGAGUGACUUGACGUAGAGCCAACAAUCAGAAGUUGAGGGGAGGGAACUGUAAUGUGCAAAUGAAAAGCAGGUAUAAAAUGCUAAACGUUCUCUCACUGUACCACCAAAUGGAAAAAAGUGUGCAUGCCUUGCCUUUAUUUGCUUUUACGUGAGCCAUAGGCACAAGAAAAAUUUACAAACUGCUUAACUUUCAGGCGGCAGACUUGAAUAACUGCUGGGACUUGAGUCCCGCUCCGUCCGUUGCGAAUGCCAGGGUUACCGUGAAGUUGAAAGCUAUGCUGCAAAAUUCAGCAUUGCACAUCGCCACUUGUCACUGAAACUUACAGUUUAAUAGCAAAUGCCAACAUUUUUUUUAUAUAUAAAAGAAAGGGAGCUGAUGUAAAAACAAGUUGGCCAGCUUUUUUUUGUUCACUAACUUAUUUAAAAAUUGCUGUUUGUUCAGGCUUCGUCCCGGGGCCACCCUCCUUGCUAGUCGCUCGCUCUAGCUUCCACGAGCUGGACUGAACACCAGCGAACCACUGCAUGCAUUCGGUAGUCAUUUUCUCAUCGCAGAGGAAAAGAAACGCAUCGUCCCUUCUCAAGUUCUCGAUUUACAUCGGUAGCUCAAAUUGACAGCCAGCCGCUGAGUGUUAUUUCAUAGCGACACCGCAAUCUGGCGGCCUGUCGCGUACAUGUGACACUCUCACGCAGAGUACCACGCAAGGACCACCUCACAACUAAACUUUAAAAAAAAUUUCAAAAGUACAUAUUUUAAAGACAUGAAAGAAAUACAGGCUGUCCAUAAAAGAAAGUCCCAAUUUCAAUUGUCUAUUAUAACAAUUUAAUUUACACUGUUUACAAUCAAUCAUACAUCAAAUUGAAGGUGAACUAACCUAGUUUUACUUACAAAUGUUUAAUAUAUGCACCUUUAGUUAUACGGCAAACCUCCAACCUAAAAGUCUAAUGCCUCCCACACUUUGGUUAAUAAGUCCGGAGUAAUGGAAGCAAUAACUGCUCCAAUUCUGGGUGUCAAGUCUGGCAAAUCAUUAGGUAGCGGCGGAACGUAGCCCCAAAGGAAAAAAAAUCGCAUGGCGUUAUGUCAGGCGAAAUAGAGCUCUGUCGUCUCGACCAUUACGACUAAUCCAACGGUCAGGGAAUUCGACGUUCAACCACUCCCGUACCAAAAGAUACCAAUGGGGAGGGGCUCCAGCCUGUUGCCAAAUAAAGUUUACAGGUUCCCCCUCUUAUAAUUGGGGAGAGAGCCAUUCUUUUGUGCUGUAAGCGAGAAAACAACAAAUCAGUAUCCGCCCUUAGUUACUCUUUAAGUGUGAUCUUAAACCAAUCCGCUACAAUGCUUACAGUUGAUGUUAUUAAAUUUUUUAAUUGGGACAUUCUUUAAUGGACAUACUGUAUAAAAAUAUGUGAGUAACAAAAUAACAAUAAACUAAGAUAAAGGUGUAAGCACUUUAAAACAUAAAAUUAAUAAUUAGUUUGCACAGGGAUGCAGUACUGUAGGAUUCACAUUAGUGUGGUGUGUGUGGGGGGAGGGGGGGGGGGGAAGUAAUUACAUUAUCUUCCCGGUUUCACAGUAACGAUUUUGCAAGUGCAACCAUUGAGGGGCUUUGUAAUUCCAGGGGCAUUAGUCAAUACCAGUCAACAUUUAAAAAUGUCUAAGUACGUAAGUUUUACGCACAGAAUCUGACAUCCAAUUUUUUUUUUUACUUUUCACUUUAAGAUGGUAGCUGGCAGCUUGGUGUGGAGACUAUUUUUGAAUAACAAAGGAGAUAAUAAUGCUCAUCUAUGAUCUCAUUUUAUUCGUAAGAUUAAUACCAGCUGCGUCUGGAGUAAAUAUCUUAUUUGCCUGCAAAAUGUCACUGAAAGUUAAUACUGUGCGACAGCGGUACAACAUGUUCAUGGUAUAAUUAUUUUUUGCGGUGUUCGACCUCUAAAAUUUAUUAAUUUUUCAAUAAGUAAACUUUUGAUUUUUUUUUUUUCACAACCAGAAACUGGAAAUUAAUGUUAUGCUUGCUACUUUUUUGUUCCAAAGGUCAUUUUCGAAACAAUAUUCGUAUAUAGGCGAGUGCACCAUAAAUAUGAUGUAUUACUUUACAUAGACUUUUUUUUUGCCAAAGAAAUGUACACAUGCAAAAUACCCAUGUAUUAUAUAUACUUCCCAACUGUGAAGUGAAUACUCGAUACUUGUGAAAUUGAGAAGACUGCUGUUAAUGGUUACAUGAUGUUCCUUUAAGUUCGUGUAUGAAGAUAUAGUUUAAUAUUAAGCAUUUCACUGUAUAGAAUGUUCCUAUAUGUGAUAGUGUACACAGUCUUGUACUCUUCCAUGUGACUCACUUAAUAUUGAAGACUUGUAUUGCGAGAGUAAGGUGACAGUUAUGUACUCCCUCACGUGUUGAAAAAAAUAUUUGUGCUGGUAAAAUAUUGGUUAUGAUUUGAUCUUUUGCUAUCCAUAUUUAAUUGCAAAUUUUGUGCAGCUAUUAUUGUUUAAUAUAUAUAUAUUUUAGAUUCGUUAAACUGUCUUUGUAAGCGUAAAGUCAGUACCACUAGAUGUUAAAACAAGAACCUUAUUGUCUUGUUGCAUUUAAGUACCUAUGUUAAUGUUUUUCUUAGAAAAAAUUUGGACUGUGAUUUUUGAUGGCUAAUGCUAUUGGUUGUAUUACUGCUCAUCGAGUUUCUUCAGCUUUUUCAAGUAUUAGAGAAAUAUUGUGAAGGGUAUUAAGAGAUUUUACCAUAUUUAUCAUCAUCAUCACUGUGUAAUAAGUUAUUUAAUAUAGUUUGUGCUGUGAUAAGACAGGCCUUGCAUAAUUUGUUUGGAAGUAAAUUCAGCAUGAAGUUUUGCUAUUUUCUUUAAUGUGUGAUUUUCAAUAGCUAUUUGGACACAAAAUUAUACUUUGCUUCAGUUUUGUUCGAAGUACAGUGGAAAUUCUGUAAUGUGGCUCGUUCCAGACAUGAUCGUGCCCGAUUAGUAAGGACAAGAUUUUAUGGUAUUUUUAGGUUUCGGUUUUUUAAAAACUCUGUUUAUUCAUAAAUAUAGCAUAUUAUCAAACAACUAUGUCACUUAAAAUAUUUCAUAAUACUUAAUUCACCAAAACAGUUUAUUGAGACUGACAUGAUGCUCUUUUACGAUAUAAUAAUUUUUAAUAAGCAUUUCUAACUACCGGAACAAUAAAAAUAAAUCAGCAAAUAAUUUGUGUUUGAAAAAUGUACCAAUUUCGUUAUGUAAAAAUUAGUUAAUAAUAACGGUUAAAAGAUUUUAAAAUAAAUAUUUAAUCUAUUUAAUUAAAUCUAUAUUUAGUAUGUACAUAAAUUUGGUAUAACCUUCACGCUAAAUACAUGUUUCAUUCCUCAAAUUUAAUAUAGGUAUUAAAUAAAAUCAGUUUUUUUUUGUGAUCGCAGUUAAGUGAUUGAUUAAAAAUGCUUAUUAUUUCGGGAUUUCAAUUGCAUUAUGGUGCUGUUUGGUGUAUUCAUAUGCUUUUUGGUGUUAUUUCGGUUUUUAUCGCAAUCCACCAUCGAGGGCGUCGCCGGGGGGGGGG